GGCACUCCCAGUGUCAUUGGAAGAACCUUCCUUGCUAAUUAGACCAAUGCUGCACUCUCGUUGACAGCCUACGGUGAACACCUUGGGUCAUUUCUUGAAAAGGCUUGACAGGCGCACACAAAGGAUAUUUUUCCUUGAAGGCAAGAGUUCGUACGCCCUACGCACGUCUCUGGUAGCAUUUUUACGCACGUUGUCUCAACAUGUUGUUGUUUGCGCAACCUCACGCUUGUUGGUCUUGAUCGAUCAACCCAGUGAGUUUGUUUUCCUACCCGGGCUACGUAAACCGCUACGCGAAACCUGCAGCAACCUCUUGUGCCAGCUUGGUCCAUUUUCGCUUUUUCUCAAAGCACAGUUAUUUGUUGUGUUGCGCUUGCUUGUCCUCAUCGUAGGUAGUCAAGUCAAGUCAAGCCAUCAUGAGCUCCCCACCCAAGUCGCUCUCAUCACCGGCUGCUGCUGCUGCGAAUGCCAAGAAAGACUGUGAGAUUCGGUCUCGUCUAUUGAAUCGAUUGGGCAUUCACAAUGCUCCUCCUCAAGCAGCAGCAGCCGCGACACAGCCAAUGACUGCCGCGCAGCACCGGCGCCUACGAAUUCUACGUGGAAUGGGCGUAGGAUACACGAUGCAAAUUUCGCCUCCAGAUGGUUCGGCCACUCGCACGCCGUUGCGAGGAGCCGUUCCUACCACGGAGAAACUCAAUGAUGUCGCCGCCACCGCCCCACCACCACCCCCACCACCACCCGCAGUUGCUGUUACUGACAAUAACAACAAGAAGACGACACGCAUUGGAUUUGCCGAAGACGUGUCGGUGGUUCCCAUUCCAACUCGGUAUGAAUACAGCGACCGCAUCAAAUCGAGGAUUUGGAGUAAUCGUCAUGAACUCCAAGAGAAUGCCGAACGCAAUACGGUAGAAUUCGCCGCCGAAGGAUGGAACUGGAGGAACGUGACGGAGGACGAAGGCAUGUACAUUUGCUCCCUGUCGGGUGAACUGGUGCAUCCCGUCCAUUGCCAACACUUGGUCACGGAAGAACCACGACUAGAACGUGGGGAGCCAGUGCAUGAGUAAGGACGUUGUUGUUGUUGAGCAGGAAACAACAAGACAAACACACAAGAUGACAACAGCGUGUCCUCGAGGAUUUUUGAAAAAUGAAUGUUUUAUAUGAAUGAAAAUGGUGUAUUAUGGUUGGACGCCCUCUCCCCUCCUCCAAAUGAAGAAAAAAGUGCGAGAGAGAGAGAGAAGUGUCGACAGCAGCAAGAAUUUUGGUUUUUCUCUUGUUGGCGUGAUGCCUCCACACACUCUCUCUCUCUUGCCUUCUGUUGUGCCAAAGUUUAUUGGAUGUUGUAUACUGGCCUCCCUGGCAUGCGCAAGCCCAAGAGCAAAUGGAAGGAACUACAAAACGCUAGCUAGGCAGAACAACGGACGCAGCCGAAUUGAAUUGGACAAAUUUGGGAAGAUGUUAAACAAGAACACACGAGUACGAUAGCAGUAAUAAGAACAGAAGUAGUGUAUCAAUUCCACAAAGAGUAC